GCUCAGAAAGCUGUCAGACGGAGGAAGAGAACGAGGGAAGAGGUAGAGGAGGAAGCGGAGUCUAACUCCUAGGAGACGCAUCUUCUCUGCUACGGGUGGCGAUAGGGCCACUAACCCACAGCCAACAUGGCUCGGGACAUGGCAGAGAAAGACAUCCUGAAAAUGGAGCUGGACCAGCUGAAAAAGGAGGAAAGCACUCCCAGGACAGCUGUGUCGGCGGCUGCCGCUGAAACCAUUGAGUUUGUAGAGGCCCAGGUCGCGGAAGACCCCCUUAUCAAGGGCGUUCCAGAGGCUACGAACCCCUUCAAGGAGAAGGGUGGCUGCAUCAUAACAUAGCCAAGGCCCUGGAUAGGACUAGGACUACACCACCAACACCAGGGCACACUCGGAUACUCGGACAUAACAACAAACAAAUAUUUGCUUUUAUAAUUUAAUUACAUUUUAUUUGAGGUUAAUUUUUUUGUUUCUUUUCUUUUUUUUCUUUCUUUUUUUUUUCUUUCGCUGCGAAUAGUCAGUCAGGUCCGUGUGGUCGAAGUUUGUUGUAUAGCGCAAUGUUUUGUAACAUGCAUAACAUUGUGUAUACAGUUACGUGUACAGUUGAGAGUUUGAGUUUGAGUUGAUCUGUUAGUCAGUGCUUGUCACCUGUUUCAUUCAUUCUGCUUUUGUUUUGGUCUUUGUAAAAUAAUAAAUUCCACUUAG